GGGAAAUGACAAUGACGUCGAAGUAGCACAAUUUUUGUAACUGUCAUUACAAACCUACAACACCUUCCCGGGAGAGUUUUCAUCUUGUCUGCGGAGGAAAGAAAAUCUCACCGGGAGCAUGGCUUCUUACAGCAACAAGUACAUCUUCGGGGAAUUCAGCCCUGAUGAGAUCAAUCAGUUUUUUGUGACUCCACGAUGUUACGUUGAGCUUCCUCCGUUCAAUGACAAAGUCCCGUGCGUCAGUCAGUCUUCUGGAAGUUACUGCACUCCUGCUGUACCUUAUAUUAUGGAGUCUAUGGGACUGCAGGUUUGCGCAGAAGACUAUCAGCGCAUUGAGUUUGGCGUUGACGAGGUGAUGGAUUCCAAACCUGUUGGGGUGAACGAUCCUCUAUACAAGGUGUCAAGCACCCUCAACCCCCAGGCUCCAGAGUUCAUCCUGGGCUGCCAGCCAGUCCAGAAGGCCCAACAGACAGCUUCUCCAGCAGCUGAUGUCCCUGAUGGAACCCACUUCAACUCGCUGGAUGGCCCUGACUCGGAGGCCUCAGGACUGGACAAUCACCAGGCCUGCCAGGACAUGGAUGGACUCUCUGGCAGCCUGGGACAGCGAGAGAGGAAGAAGAAGAAAAAGCGACCGCCGGGGUAUUACAACUACCUGGAACCAUCUACUGGCAGCAACAACAGCAGCAGUGCAGCAGAUGGGACGCCUGGGACAGCACUGGUGAAUGGACAUGCACUCGGUGGCCCACACCACAGUGCUGAAGAUGUGGAUGGUAAGGCAUUGUCAGGGGCUGAACUUUCCUCCCCUGCACCAGUCUCCACGGCGACAUCAACAGCUGCUGUGGCAGCAGCCAAGUUUGCCCCCACAUCCACUGCCAAUCAGAGGACUUGUGAUAGCCCUGAUGAUUCUUCUUUGGACUUAACAUGUGGAGCUGCCUCUUUAUCAGAUGGCAACAAUGCAACUUCCUCCUCUUCAUCCUCCUCUCAAAGCAGAGGGAUGACAGAGGGACCGAGGACUGCAGAUCAGCAGCCAGAUCAUUUGGCUCCACAAAGCCCCGAACUUUCAGAUACUCCACACAGCCCCCGCUCCAAAUCACCUCUUCCUCCUUCAGCUGCUGUGGCCACCCCCUCUGUCGCCACUUCCAUUACAACUACUGAACUAGAGGGAAGGGAGCUAGCAGACAGUGGGGUGGCCAAUGGGCUAACAGAGCCUGAUACGCUCAUCAGUGCAGAUGGACACAAAGAUGACUGUGAGAGUGGGGAGCAGGCUCAGCAGGUUUCCCCAGACUCCGCUGCCCAGCUGGUAGUGACAGAGCAGGCCAGUUCGCCUGCGAUUCCAGCUGCACCUACUGCCAACCUCCCCAAAUCUUGGGCUAGCCUCUUCCACAACUCCAAGCCUCUGCCUGGGGGGCCUCAGGCCUUUGUGGAGGUAAAGAAUGUUGUUGAAGUUGUGUCUCCCUCCCUCGCUACGCCAGAGCAGCCUGAGAAAGUUGGAGAGGUCAAAGACGACCCUGUCCCCGUAUCAGAGGAUCCUAUGGCCCCUAAACUUGCAGAACUUAUCGAGAAUGUGAAGUUGAUACAUAAACCAGUGUCUUUGCAGCCGAGAGGACUGAUCAACAAGGGAAACUGGUGCUAUAUCAACGCUACCCUACAAGCCCUGAUUGCAUGCCCUCCCAUGUAUCACCUGAUGAAGUCCAUUCCUCUGCAUAAUGAAACGCAGAGACCAUGUACCUCCACACCCAUGCUAGACAACUUUGUAAGGCUGGUGAAUGAGUUCAACAACAUGCCUGUACCAUCUAAAGCAAAACAGCAAGCUGUUGGUGAUAAAGUCAUGAAAGACAUUCGGCCCGGUGUACCUUUUGAACCGACUUACAUUUAUAGACUCCUCACUCUCAUCAAGUCAAGUCUCUCUGAGAAGGGUCGACAAGAGGAUGCAGAGGAGUAUCUUGGCUUCACGCUCAAUGGAUUGCAUGAGGAGAUGCUGGCAUUGAAAAAACUAAUCUCGCCUCAGGAAGCGACUCCCACGCCCAACGGGCCAGAGUCCCAGCCGGGUGUGGAGGAAGAUGUUGCUGAUAAGGAGGAAGAAGGUAGUGAGGACGAGUGGGAACAAGUUGGCCCUAGAAACAAGACUUCCAUCACUCGCCAAGCUGACUUUGUCCGCACACCCAUCACUGAUAUAUUUGGUGGACACAUCAGAUCGGUGGUGUAUCAACAAAACUCUAAAGAGUCGGCCACUCUGCAGCCUUUCUUUACCCUGCAGCUUGACAUCCAGUCAGAAAAGAUCCGCACUGUCCAGGAGGCUCUAGAAACCUUGGUGGCACGAGAGUCAGUCCAGGGCUACACUUCUAAAACUAAGCAGGAGAUUGAGAUCAGUCGGAGGGUGACUUUGGAAGAGCUGCCCCCCGUGCUGGUGCUCCAUCUCAAGAGAUUUGUUUUUGAAAAGACUGGAGGCUGCCAGAAACUUACCAAGAACAUUGAUUACCCCGUUGACCUGGAAAUCAGCAAAGAUCUCUUGUCCUCUGGAGUGCGGAGCAAAGUUAUGAAAGGCCAAAGAACUUACAGGCUCUUUGCAGUUGUCUAUCACCAUGGGAACAGCGCAACAGGCGGUCAUUACACCACGGAUGUCUUCCACAUUGGUCUUAACGGCUGGCUGCGCAUUGAUGACCAGACAGUGAAGGUCAUCAACCAGUACCAGGUGGUGAAGCAGACUGCAGAGCGCACCGCCUACCUGCUGUACUACCGCCGCGUCGACUUGCUGUAGACACACACACACACACACAUCCCAACAUACACGCAAGAACACCCAAAUAUAUUCACAAAGGCGCACACAAAAAACAUACAUGCUCAAAUGCACUUGUUGACAGUACAUCUACACAUGACACAAACACACACCAAACUAAUGAACAGGAACACUGCCCAACUUGUUCUCUUCCCUCCUGUCUCCCCGCUUUCCUGAGAACCAGCUUUUCCAACACCCUUUUCCUUGUCUCUUUUUUUCUGUUUGGAAGAAGAGAAACGAGCUGCAUUCACAAAAAUUUCCUUGUGACUGCUCUCUUCUCUGUGCACCACUGCUGUUUUUUUUUUUUUUUUUUUUUUUUGUUUUGUUUUUGGGGUCGUUUUUUUCGUUUACUUUUAAAGCAGCAAGGAAGGACUGUUGAAUAGACGGAGGUGGAGUUGGGGUUACAGGUUAGGACCCGAGACUCACCUCUUGCUGAGCCUACAGCUCGGCUCAGAUAGCAAACAGUGGACUCAAACAGAGGAAGAACUAUCUACCACAGGCUGCAAGCUGACUGCUGGGGUAAUUUCUCUUGUUUGAAUUACCUUUUUAAGGAAAGGACCCAGAAAUAUCAGUGUUUGCCUUUUAGUAAAGGAACUGUUAAUGCCUAAUGAAUUUGCAGCAGUUUAAAAGCGUAUUUGAAUUUGCCCUAGUGCAUUGAAAAGGCCCAGCACCAGCAUUCUCAUGAGUCUCUCCUCCCAAGGCCAGAUCGUCGUCUUCUCUGCCACCAACACCAACAACUCCUCCUCCUCUACUUCCUCACUUUUAUGAUGCUUUUAAAUCUAGGUACAACUUGAGCCAACAAAAACAGUAAAGAAAAGUUAGGUGGUACAUUGAAUGGGAACUGAACAGCUUCCUUGUUUGAGAGAUCCUUGUUAUGGUAUCUGGGUUUAGAUUUAGAUAGACUAUCUAAAAAAAAUAUUAAUGCGCUUUAGAAUUUAAUAACAAAUAAGCUUCUGUGCACAAAGUAUAAACUGACCGAUGAUUACAAUAUGACAGGCAAAUGCAUAUUUUGCAAAUAUUUAGAUUAAAAUGUAAAAAAAAACAAAAAAAAACAAAAGGGGGGGAAAAAGCAAAAAAUAGAAAAUCUAGCUGAGUGAAAACUUGUUUGGGUCCUGAAGGACCGCGCUAGUUUUUAAACUCAGUUCUUGCACUGGAGAGAUGGCAACCAAUCAAGACGGAUUCCACUGCAAAACCUGCCCUUGUUUACUUUGAACAUUCUAUCCAUCUCCUUCUCUAUCCAUUCUUUGUUUUGUUUUUUUUUGUUUUUUUUUGUCUUGUCUAAAGGUUCCACCUGUGUAUAGGUGGCUUAUCUGUGUAGUUUUGAGCCACACCACCCCUUUUACCCCCAUCUCAGCAGAAAGUGGGGGCUGCCUUAGGUUCAAUGUGUUAUGUUUUUCCACUCAGUGUACAAGUCUAACCCUAAUCAGGCGCCAACAGCAAGUAUAAUGUCUGAAGAGUUAGGGGAAUGUACCUGACACCUAUGUAUUUACUCUUUUGUGGCUCAGCAUUUCCUCCUAGUCGAGGAAAACUGUGAGGGGAAGUGGGACUACAUCUGUGGUAAGCUCUGCAUAAAGACCCCGGACAUAUGCACAAAAGGAGAUAGUGUUUGCUUUUGUCGAAGAUAUUGAUUUUUGGAUCAUUCAUUGAUUGUGAUGAUUUUUGUUGGAGUUACUAAAACGAUGUUAGGUUUGUGUUUUUGUUUAAUUUUUUUUUGUCAUUGAUCAUUUAUUGGAUGUCCCCAUGCUCUCGCUCCCUUCAGAAAAACAUGCUUGCAUUUGAAUUGGUGUUUGAAAAUAAAUUACACAGGCUAAAGCACAACAAUGAAUAAAAUUUAACUAGUUCUUUGCUUGAUAUUUAUUUCCAUUUUGUCAUUUCCUAUUUUCAUUUUUUUUUCUCGCUCAAGACCCAUUUCAUUCCAACCACCAGUGUCAGAAUCUCAGUAUUAACACUUAACAAAAUGUAAUCUGUUCAAGUAUUUCUACAUGAUUUCAGCUUGUGUACUUUGACUUUUAUCCACAAAAAUCCUCCUUUGUCUCAUACAGAUUUCACUUUCUCACACAUAGUUGUCCAUCAAUUAAAACAAGGUAUACAAGUGAGACGUUGGUUGUUGUCCCACAUUUUCCUGCUUCGUAUCAAAGAGAUGGUGCAGUGUAAAAACAUUCUCCUGUAUUUUGACAGCACACAAGCAUUUAACGUAAUUUAACAUGUCCCUUACAGUACUUUAUUGUAAGUUCAAGACUGAUUAGGUUCAGUCUUUCAAUAUGAAAUAAAAUUUAAGUCAGAUUUUUACCAAAUUUCACUUUAGAUUUGAAUUAUUUUUAGCUUCUAUGUGAUAUAACAUUAUGUAUAACAUUACAUUAUGUGUAACAUUAUCGAUUUACUUUUUCUUGUGGGUUUCAAAGUCAGAAACCUUUCCCAGAUAAACCAAAGGACAUUAUAAAGGCCCUACUGCCUUUCCUUUUGAAUAUAUAUUCAAACUUAAUUUUGACUUCUCCAUCCGAGGUCUUUAGACAAGUCAAUACAUCUUAUCAUCUAUCAUACAUGACUUUAAUGAUAGUUGAGUUGUGCUGCUGGCUUUGUAGUCAUUUCUGCACUAAUUGUGACAUUUGUUGAUUUGCAUUUUCUUUCCCCUUUUGAAGAAUGUUUGCGAGUUGGGACUUUGAACGGACACCUUGAGCUUUCUGUUGUAUAGUUUUAUCUCAGUCUCUCAUGGCUGGUCAGGAAAUGUGCUGGUGAAAUGCUUCAAUAAUGUCUCUUCAGUAUGUGCUCCUAACACUAUUGUCUGCUGGGAAUUGUUGGGAUAUUGACCUAAAAACAAAAUCUAUACUGUCUUUUAAUUUUAAGCCUCCAGCAUUCUAUUUUGUUAAUUGUUCAAAUAAAGGAUUGUGCAAAAAGCAGUUUGCUAAUGAAGUGUAGUCAGAGGACUACUUGGCUUUCAAACAGUGAAUACUGAAAACAUCCAGUUAGACUGGCCUACAGAACAAUGUGCACAAUAAACCAAAACAACAAAACGA